UCUCUGUCUCUGUCUCUCUCAUGAACUUCGAUCUGUUAUCCUUCCUCACGAAGCCCUAAACUCUUUCUUCGCAUUUCUCUCACAUUUUUCUUCAAUGGCGACCCUCACCGCCGGAAUUCUUCUGAAGCUCCUCCAGUCGAUGAACUCCGCCGCCAGAGUCACCGGUGACCACCGUUCUCCGCUCCUCCAAGUCAUCGGCAUCGUCCCGGCUCUGUCUGGCUCCUCCGGCGAAGAUCUUUGGCCUAACCACGGUUUCUUUGUCCAACUUUCGGACUCCAUCCACUCCACCUACGUCUCCCUCUCCGACCGCGACAUCGACCUCAUCCUUUCCAACCGCCUCCAGCUAGGCCAGUUCGUCUAUGUCGACCGCUUCGUCUUCGACUCCCCGGUCCCUCGCGCCUCCGGGCUUCGCCCCAUCGCCGGCCGCCACCCCUUCGUCGGCACUCCCGAACCCCUCGUCGCACGCAUUUCCGCCUCAAGCCGUGAGUUCGUCAUCCAACCCGUUUUGGACUCGGAUCCGGCGACUGAUCCGAUUGCAGCUUUGUUAACUAAAAAGGUUAAAGAAGCUGAGAUUGAUUGUGAGGAAAAGAAAAAUGAGGUUAAGAAGUAUAGUGCAAGAAGGGUUUUGGCGCCUAGAGAUAAUGUUCAGAAAGAAGAGGAAGUGAAUCUGAAGGUUUCUGAAAAGCCUCAGAGGUUUUCUUCGCCCGCAGCUUCGAGGAAGAAGAAUCUGCCGGCAAUUGAGAGAGAUCAGUCGCCGGCGGGAAAGACGAAGCGCUCGUCCUCGCCGGUGCCGUCAAAAUGUGUGGUUCCAAGUUUGGUUGCUGCUCGAGAAGAGAAUAGGAGAACGUCGAGAGAACCGGCGAUUGUAGUGCCGUCCAGGUAUCGACAGCCGUCGCCGACUGGCCGGAAACAGCCCUCGCCGAAUGGGAGGAGAAUGUCCCUUUCGCCGGCGAGGAGAUUGUCCAGUGGAAUCAAGGUGUCGCCGAUUCUCGCCGCUGUCGAUUCAGCUAAUAAGAAGAAAAUGGUGCCUCCAGCCGCUGGGAUUUCGAAGGUCUCAGAGGCACUUGUGGCAUCUGGAAAGGGAAUGAGGAAGAGCUGGGCGGAUGAACCACCGUCGACGGAGUCCGAGACCGCCUCUACCGAGCAGAAAGAGAAGGGUUCAACCAAAAACAAGCCGGACUUGCAAGCAAUUUUACGUACUCAGGCUGCUAUUUCAAGGCGCCUAAGUGACGUGGAUGUUCAGAAAUGCAGCAAAGAUGAUUCUGAAACUAGCGAAAAAGGAAAAUCUAGCCUGACCAAAGGUGGUGCUUUGGUGCCUGACAUGCCAACUUGCCCAGCUCCAAGAAUCACUUUUCAUGAAAAGAAAUGGUCAGAUGGCAGUAUUUCAUUGGAUGCAGUAUCUACAAGCCUUGCAAAUCUUGGGAAGGAAGCUAUGCACAGGAAGGCUCUUGCUUCUACAGCUGCAGCUGAAGCACUGGAGGAGGCUAUUGCCACUGAUUCUAUUAUAAGGAGCUUAAGCAUGUUUUCAGAUCUUUGUUCUUCAGCAAAGGCAGGAAACCCUUUACCAACUAUUGAUCGCUUUAUGUCAAUAUAUGAUGAAAUCGUGAAAUCAACAGCUACUGUUGAAUCAAUUGCAGUCAACCACAAUUCUGCCAGUCCUAACAAGAAUACAUUGACAGAGCAUUCAAGAUCUAGUUAUCUUUGGGUUGAAGCUGCUCUGGCCACAGAUCUUGAAAUUGUCUCUCUCCUUAAUAACCAAAUCAUUGAGCCCCAGCCAACUUUGCAGAAAAGCUCCUCCUCGAAAAGACACUCUCUCAAUGCGGCUUCCAGAAACCACACAUCAGUCCCUCCAUCACUGCCCAUGGAUGCUACUAAGAUGUGGACGAGAGGCCAUGGAAUGAAUGAAACUAUCAAACUUGCCAUGAAUUUGCAGUCAGAGAUGCAAAUGUGGUUCAUUCAGUUUGUUGAAGAGGCCCUGGAUGCUGGUUUCCGGGUGCUUGGGAAGUAUUCCCCCGACGGUGGCCUGGACUGUGCGCCAAUUGCUGCAGCACUAUCACAGCUGAAGCGAGUCAACGACUGGUUUGAUCGCGUGGCAUCAAAACAGGACGAAGUCCUGACAGGGAAGAUCGAGCAGCUAAAGAGGAAGAUCUAUGAAUUUGUGAUUCAGAAUGUGGGAACAACAGUAAAUAAUUCCAUGCCCGUUGCCUCAUCUUGAUUUCCCUUGUGUUCUCACAACUUUUGCCAAUAUCUUGUUGCAACAGUUUGCUUUUGCGCAGAAUUUAUUCUUGAUUAUGAUUGGAAACAUUUUCAGAACUGCAAAGUCUUCUUUCGAUAUAAAUUCUUUCUUUUGCA